CCAGGUCUAUCCCAGCAGAGUGAACUACCUCUCCAGAGUGAACCAUGGCGCUCCAAGCCAAAGCUCUGGUGACUUCCAGGUGGCUCGCGGAGGCCGUGAGGGUCCAGGGGAAAAUGCGCAUCUUGGACACCUCUUGGUUUUUGCCCAAACUGCGGCGCAGCGCAAAGAGCGAGUUCAAGAAGCGGCACAUCCCGAGCGCGUUGUUCUUCGACAUCGAUCAGUGCUGCGAUAAAACAUCUCCUCUGGACCACAUGCUGCCGCCGGAGAGGGUCUUUGCAGACUACGUCGGGAAUUUGGGGAUAGAGCGCGACACGCACGUCGUGGUGUACGACGCAAGCGAGUUCGGCGCGUUCUCGGCGCCGCGCGCGUGGUGGAUGUUCCGGGUGUUCGGGCACAGCGCGGUCUCGUUGCUCAACGGGGGGCUCGGGAGCUGGGAGCUGGAGGGUCGACCGGUGAGCGACCGGUACGCCAGACCGGCGCCGGCCGAGUUCAAGGCCUCCCUGAACCGCUCCUGGAUCAAGAGCUACGAGGACAUCCUGGACAACCUGGACACCAAGAGGUUCCAGGUGGUGGACGCCAGACCCGCGGCCCGGUUCAGAGGAGUGGACCCCGAACCCAGAGACAACACGGAGCCGGGCCACAUCCCCGGCUCCAUCAACGUGCCCUUCCACUACUUCCUGUCGCCGUCGGGUCACUUCCUGCCCAGGGAGCAGCUCCAGGCUCUGUUCGUCCGGGCCGGCGUGGACCUCGGCCGGCCCGUCUGCGUCCUGUGCGGCUCGGCCGUGACGGCGUGCACCGUGGCGCUGGCGGCCCACGAGUGCGGCCAACCGGAGGUGUCGGUGUACGACGGCGGGUGGUCGGAAUGGUACACCCGAGCCGUGCCCGAGCACGUCAUCUCCGAAGGACGAGGGAAACAUUUGUGAUUGGUUAACGGGGGGUUAAAGAUCAGACCGGAUCAAACCGGAUCAGACCGGUGGUGGUCUUUGAAGGAAGAGUGUGACAUUUUGGUAAAAUACUUCCUGCUAAUAUUCUGCUUGUUUAGUGUCUUGGCGAGAGUUAGAUGAGAAGAUUGAUACCACUCAGCCAGCAGACGGUUAGCUUAGCUUAGCUUAGCAUAAAGACUGGA